CUUCCUCCAGACUUCCCAUCUCUUACAUCCCUUGAAGGAAGUGAUCAUCAAUUUAUUCCACAGGCAAAAACCAAAUGUUAAAAUUCCUUCUACUCUUGCGACUUGCAUUAUCCAUAAAAGGAGACCAAGGGAAGAAACGUUUUGCUUAGAAUCAAUGCAAUGAAGUUGUAUACGUUUAAAUCAAGCUUCGUUCCAGUUGUGCGCUCAAAUCGCCGGGCAAGCAGUGGCAAGAACCCCAGCCCCGCUUGCACGAGCUCUGCACGCUCAACACCUAAGCGCUUUCCGGCGAUCUGGGUCGCCAGCACCACAGCUGCCGGGAGUAGUCGUAGGCGGAUGGUGACGCUAGCGGGGUCUCACUUAGAAGGCAACGAUGACGAUGAUGAGCCCGCCCUAUCCAACCGCCCAACCGCUUCCCGCCUCAUCUCAACCGCCCAACCGCCUCCACCUGCACCACCAGCCUCAACCGAGCAUCCUCUUCCUCCACACCUCUCCUCGCCCACCUUCACCUCGCCAACCUCUCCAACUGCCACUGACACCGUUGUACCAACCGCCUCAACACCCCUCCACAAUCUCACUGCGAGGACCAUCUCCUUUGCCACCUCACCCCAAGCGUCCCAACUACCAACAUACGAGCCACCUACAACAACAGCACCAGCAGCAGCACAAACAAUAGCACCAGCAGCAGCCCCGGUAACGUUAUCAACCACCACCACCAGUGCCACCACUGCUGCAGCCAUGGGGGCCUCUGCUGGCACUGCAGCCCUGCUGGGCCAUUCAGUCAGCGGCGGCACCGCCCCUUCCACGUCAGCCGCGGGUGCGCAUGCUGCUGCUGCCGCUGCUACUGCAGGGCCCUAUACGGCGCCUGCGACGGCCCCCUACUCCCGCCCCGCCUACUCCUCCUUUGGUGGCGCCAGUGCAGCUAGCUACGGAGGCGGCGGAGGAGGAGGAGGCGGAGGCGGAGGGGGCUCCCCCGGCAGUCCCCGCUCCCUCCGCCCUUGGAGCCCUGCCCUAGUGGUGUUCAGCGGGGGCACGGCUUUCAAUAGCGUGGCAGGCCACCUGCGGCGCCUCACCACCCGCGUCUCCCACGUGCUGCCUGUGUCCGACGACGGCGGCUCCACGGCGGAGAUCGUACGGGUGCUGGGCGGACCCGCGGUGGGCGACAUCCGCUCGCGCUGCCUGAGGCUGGCGGAUGACAGCGAUGAAGAGGCUCGCGCCGUACGGCGGCUGCUAGCGCACCGCCUGCCCGCGUACGACGCGGGCGCCGCCAAGCAGGAGUGGUACGCCAUCGUGGAGGGGGAUCACGCGCUGUGGCGGGGGGUCUCGGAGCCGUACAAACACACCAUCCGGGCCUUCCUGGUCAACUUCCACACGGCGAUCCUGGCACACAACAGCGGCGCGCGGUUCAGCUUCAGGAACGGCAGCGUGGGUAACUUCUUCUUCGCCGGCGCCCGAGUGUUCUUCCACUCCCUGGAGGCCGCCAUCUUCCUGUUCAGCCGCGUGGCCAGGCUGCCGGAGGGGUCGCAGGUGCUGCCGGCCAUUGCGACGGAUGAACGCAUCACGCUGGGUGCUGAGCUGGAGGACGGCAGUGUGAUUCGGGGGCAGAACCAGAUCAGCCACCCCAGCCCGCCAGACGAGGGAGACGGCAGCGGUCCCGCCCAGGUUGACAAGGGCUGCGAGGAGCCGCUGCCCGCACCCAUCCGCCGCGUCUUCUACCUCGCCUCGGACGAGCACAAACGCUCACCUGCGGGGGCCGUGGGCGGCUGGGGGACCACUGCGGGAGGUGGCGGCGGCGGAGGCGGCGGCAGCAGCAGCAGCGGAGGCGCGGCGGCGGAUGGCGGCUGCGGCGUGGUUAACAGCAUGGUGGGGUGUGCGGAGCAGGAGGUGUUUCCGGCGGCUAACCCUCGGGCGCUGCAGGACGUGGGACGCUGUGAUGCCAUCAUUUACGGCAUGGGCAGUCUGUACACCUCCAUCUGCCCCACGCUGUGCCUGGAGGGAAUGGGAGAGGCGGUGGCGGCGAGGAACGUACCCAAGGUGCUGCUGCUGAACGGCAGUCACGACCGGGAGACCUCCUGCUGCGGUGCACGCGAGGGGCCCAUGGAGGCGGCGGACAUGGUGCAGGCGGUGUGUGACGCGCUCAACCGCCGGCGCACUCGCCGACCCGGGGGUCGUUUGCGACACCCCUACUCCGCCUACAUCACCGGACUGCUCGUACCGCGAGGCGGCGCCGUACGAGUGGAUCCAGCCGCACUCGCUUUGAUGGGUGUACGACACAUCUUGGAAGUGGAUUCGUACAUGGACGACAAGGGCCGCGCCAACUUUGAUCCCGCGGCCCUAGUGGCCGCGGUGGGUCAGAUCUUGAGGCUACAUUGGGAACCUCCGCCGCCGCCACCGUCGCCACCAACCCUGUCUCCGACGCUGUCUCCACCUUCUUCCCCAGUGAUGGGAUCCGGAUCCUGGAUCCGUACGACAGGCUCAGCGGCGUUGCAGAUGACUCCCGGGGGGGCUGAUGACAGCCAAGAUGCCGGGGAGCAGCAACCAGCCGUAUCCUCUGCUGCUGGAGGUGCUGCUGCGGGGCCUGCGGCGGCUCAGAUACGUAUAGGGACAGAGCCUGAUUGGGAGCAGCAAGGGGCUGACGCAGCUGCAGCGGCCGUACAAGUGGUUGUGGCGGUUGAGUCGCUGGGUACGGCAGUUAGCAACCACCACCAACCACCAACCGCUGUACUUCCGUAAUAAGGUGGUAUCGUUCACAUUGCUGGACUGAGUUUACUGGUGAGGUGUGCGUUGCUGGCGAAGUGAGGAAUGUAUUGCUCGGUCUUGUCUUGUCUCGGUUCGUUUGCUGGUUUGCGGUUUUUGGGAGGCGAGGCUGCUUUGUGAGUUAGGCGGCGAUGCCAGGCAGAGAUGCACACUGCGCGUUGUUCGCCUGCUGCCUGGGGAAGCGCUUCGGGCAACCCCUUCGUACCGUACCGUACCAUGGGGUGUGUGUUCUCCACACUGCAAGGUGUUGCUGCCCCCUGCUAUACGCAUAGGGUUUACCCUAAAAAACACGGCGGC